AAGAUUUCGACCAAAAUUCCGAGCCAUGUCAUUCUUCAACUCCCGCUCUCGGCGGCACUGCGUCAUGAGUGUCCAAGCGAACUGCGGGGACAAAGUGAUCCUGGCGUACUCGGGCGGCCUCGACACGUCCAUUAUCCUCAAGUGGCUCGUGAACAAGGGCUUCGACGUUGUCUGCUACUGCGCCAACGUCGGGCAGUUCGGCGAAAACUUCGACAAGGUCAAGGCCAAAGCGUUGUCGCUCGGCGCGUCCAAGGUGUGCAUCGAAGACUUGCGCAAGGAGUUUGUCGUGGACUACAUCUGGCCCGCCGUGCAAGCGAACGCGGUCUACGAGUCGCGAUACCUCCUCGGGACGUCGCUGGCCCGACCUGUGAUCUCCAAGAAGAUGGUGGCCAUUGCCAAUGCCGAAGGCGCCAAGUACGUGGCCCAUGGCGCCACCGGUAAAGGCAACGACCAAGUCCGCUUCGAACUGUGCACCCAGGCUCUGAACGCCAACCUCAAGACGAUCGCGCCGUGGCGAGACACCGAGUUCAUCGAAAAGUUCAAGGGCCGACAGGACCUGAUCGCGUACGCGAAAGAGCAGAACAUCCCCAUCGACGCCACGCCCAAGGCGCCGUACAGCGUCGACGAGAACCUGUACCACACUUCGUACGAGUCGGGCAUGCUGGAAGACCCCAUGACGGCCCCGAUGCCCGAGAUGUUCAAGAUGACUGUGGACCCGAAGGUGGCCCCGAACGAGUCCGAGUGCAUCCGCAUCCAUUUUCAGGCCGGGAUCCCCGUGAAGGUGUCCAACUUGUCGCACCCCCAGGUGGACGAAACCGACCCUCUCUUGCUCUUCCUCGAGCUGAACCGCCUUGCCGGCAAGCACGGCAUCGGGCGCAUCGACAUCGUCGAGAACCGCUUCGUGGGCAUCAAGUCGCGCGGCGUGUACGAGACGCCUGGCGGCACUCUGUUGCGCGCGGCGCACCUGGACUUGGAGGGUCUGUGCAUGGACCGCGAAGUGAUGAAGCUCCGCGACUCGCUGAGCGUCAAGUUCGCCGAGUACUGCUACAACGGGUUCUGGUUUGCGCCGGAGAUGGACUUUGUGCGCCACGCGAUCGCGUUCUCGCAGAAAAACAUCACGGGCCACGUCGACUUGGAGCUGUACAAGGGCAACGUGACCGUCAUCGGCCGCCACUCGGACGUGGCCCUUUACAGCGCGGACCUGGCGAGCAUGGACAUUGAAGGCGGCGGUGCCAACGUCGAGUACAACCCGAGCGACGCCCAGGG